GGUUGAUCAUGAUGAGAUGAGGGAUAUGCCUACUACUGCUAAGUUGAACAAAGUUUCUGUACAACUACAACGUGAAGUAGAAAUAAAUGCAGAUUCAGUUGCAGAAGGCAUACCUACUUGUGAGACCGUCAGUGUGAUUGAUCAGCAUGUAGCCCACCUAUCAUCAGAUGCCAGUGCUAAGUCUGAGCUGAUAGUAAAAGACAGCAGUGGUGGUGGUCUUGCAGGUAAACAAAUUUCUGAGUGCCGAGCAACAACAGCUUCUGAUCCACCGCUGACGUCAACAACUGGUAUCAAUCAAUCGUCGUUGGUGUUGUCAUCCACAAUGAAAAAGACGCCCAUCAACUCAAGUAUCUUGUGCAAUGACUAUGGUAGUAUUGGUGCAUUUGAAAAGACGAAAGAUAUUGGUCAGUUUAGUGAGAAUAAGCCAAGUGUAAACGAGAGAGUAAUUGUUAAAUUGACUCGCAUGAAUAGAGGCAUUUCUAGUUUCAAGUUACUAUUUGAAUGUUAUUAUCUUUGGUGUAAAUUACUCUGUGCCUACACUUGGUUGAUGAGAUAUGUCGUGUGUUUGUUCGUCAUUUAUAUUCUACGUUACAAUGACAUGGGCGUGUUGCCGUUCAGAUUUGAGGAUAUAGCUGAUAGAAGGAAGUCAGCAAAUGAACUCCGCAACGACUUUCCAACCUAGAGCGUCAACCUGAGAAGGGUUGUAGGCGUACUGCUGUAAGUCCUACAAUUCUUCAAAGGGUAGCGCAUCAGUGAGCAGUCCAAUGUGCUCGGUGUGUGAUUUUGUACAUAUGUUCAUAUUGUAUAUACUG